AGUUCCCACGUGUACCCAUGCGCGCGCACGUACGGAACCGACUGGCUUCACGUGCCGCCGCCGUCGCCGCAGUGUCGUUACCGCGCUCGACCGACACGCGAUUACGCGAUGGCCAAAGCAGCAGCACGCCGAGAAGUCGUCAAUCUGUACAAAACGGUAAGUGUUGUGGCCGCGCGUUGCGUUAUCAGCGUGUGCUUGAAUCGUACGCCCCCUCCGCACACCGCAUUUCGCGCGGGUACGGGUUACGGGUGUUGUUUUCCGUUUGGGUAAACGCUGCGUUUUUUUAGUUGGCCGAGGUUCAAGGUCAGCGGAGUUUUGUUUUUUUUCCCUGUUCGUUUUUACCGGGUCGAUCGUUUCUCGUCACCCCCGUCAACACCAGCCGGCCCGAACGCCCGACUUUUGAUUAUACAUUUUAUAUUAUUUACCGGGCACGGCGCCACUUUCGCGACCGGGUUCAAGUCGUACUGACUGCCUACGCGAUACGACCGUGCCCCCCGCGCAAAUUAAUGUCGAGGACGAGACCAAAACGUUGCAACGAUUGUUUUCGAUAGAUAUUUUUUUUUUCCUCCCCCCCGCGAAAUUGACUUUAUUACAUCAACACGAAAACCCCGAAAAAUGUUCACGAUCAAUUAAAUUUUCGGUGCGAAUUGUUUUGGGCGAAAAUUGUUUCAAAACGUUUUGACUGCAACAUGAAACGAAAAAAAAAAACGCAGCUAUACGGAAACGUUGUUGACGCGGGUGGUGUACUGUUAAUACGGGUAUCGGAGAUAUUUCGCUACGAGAUGGCGGUCCGCAACGCCCCCUACUCUAACACCCCCUAACGCGACCCCGUUGGCGCGCGGUCCGUGACGCAAGGGCUUUGGGGGACCGUUUCGUCAUUUCGAAUUUCUAUAUUUAGGCGGUCCGCGCGACAAAGCGGCUCGACGCGUAACAAUGACACGUUGCGACACGUUUCGCUCGAAGGCCUUGGCGCGUUGUUGUUUUGCGUUUCCGCGUUUCCGGACGGCUUUGUGAUCGGUGCCGCAUUAAUCUCGUGCGGCAGGCGGAUUGUUUUCCCGGACGGCCGCCCUUACCGGCGAUUUUCGCACUAGUUGUUGGUAAACCUCGAUAAAUGAAAUAUGAGCCGAUACUGGGGACGGGGCAAUUCCAAUUUACAUCGGUGGGCGACGAUUAUUGCUUGACGAAACACGAUUCCGGGGCGCGGCGGUUCGGCAAUACACAAUUUGAAAUGCCGGAAUUUUUUUUCGAUUUCGAAACGUUUAUUAAAGGCAAAAAGAAAAAAAAUUCGUCCGAUAAUUUUGGAAAUGUCACCACGUCUGGCCAAGUCCAAUAUACGUGUUAUUACCGAGUUUCAAGUCACUCUACGUGUAUUUAUAACCGAAUUAUAACAACAACAUCUUAAAAACUCCUUAAAAGCUCAAUAGUGGCUCAAAAGUUUUGGAGGUGAUACCGUGAGAAAGUAAAUAAUAAAAGCAACGAAAAAGGUUUUUUUGUGAUUUUUCGAUUUAAUAAUUUUUUUCUGGUAGAAAACGUCGUCCGUGUUGUUAUAAAAUAAUAAAAUCGUGAAAUUCUACGUUUCCAUACGUUUUUUCCCACCUAAUUGCUUUUAUUUAAUAAAAAAAAGACGUUGAAAAUCAAAAGAAUGGGUUAAUGGAAAUCAAUAAUGUUAACACCGAAAUGUAUUUUAGUUAAGAAAAGAAAAGCAACAAGUAUUUUAUAUGACAAGAGUAUUCCAAUGAGACUAAAGAGAAGUUUUACAAGAGUGUGGUAAGACUGACUUUGUUAUAUGUAUAGCGUUAUAGUGUUGGGCAGUAAACAGAAAAAUAGAACAGAGAAUGAGUGUGGCAACGAUGAGAAUGCUUAGGUGGAUAAGUGAAGUGAUGAGAUGAGGUAAAAAAGAUAAUAAGAAAAAAACGGUCAAUCGGUAUUAAAUAUGUCCCUGUACGGUUGAGUAGAUCCCACACUAUAGGCUAUUAGAAAUCUUGAUUCUAUCAUCUAUAUCAGUGGUGGUUUCUGGUAGAAAAUUUUGUCUAGUUGGUGCAUUGGGAUAUGGGUAUUUUUCUAGUAGUUUUCCUAAUAAUAGGGAGGAAUAUUUACCAAAUAACUGUUUGGUCAUAAUCAAAAUGAUCAUGUUCUAAUUGAAUAUUUUUGUUUGGUUUUCUAUUGCAGCUUCUCUAUAUGGGACGAGACUAUCCACAAGGAUAUGAUUUUUUCCGUUCGCGUUUGAAAAAAGCUUUCCAAAAAAACAGCAAUAUCAGUGACCCACAACAAAUACAUACAUUGGUCAAACGUGGCCAGUUUGUCAUUAAAGAAAUUGAAGCUCUCUAUAUGCUCAAGAAAUAUAGAACGUUAAAAAACAGAUAUACUACAGAGGAAAAUCUAUCAAAGUCAUAGUACUAUAUUUACUUAGGUUUUUUUUUUUGCUUAUCAUAAAUUUCAUUAUCUAUGUUUACUUGGGUUUUUUGACCAUAAAGUUUAAGAUAGCAAACAAAAUAAUAGUAAAAGUAUUAUUACAUAAGAAAAAAAAAUUAUAUAUAAUUUAUUAGUAUUUACAUGUUAAUAUGUUAUAUAAUUUAUUAUCUUUUCUAUGUGUGUUAAUGAGUGAAAAUAAAGACAAU